GAGGAAGCCACCGCCGCCAGUCUGAGGCAGGUGCCCGACAUGGCGAGUGCUGUGCUGCCGAGCGGACCCCAGUGUGCGGCGGCGGCGGUGGCGGCGGCGCCUCCCGGUCUCAGACUCCGGCUUCUGCUGUUACUCCUCUCUGCCGCGGCACUGAUCCCCACAGGUGAUGGACAGAAUUUGUUUACGAAAGAUGUGACAGUGAUCGAGGGAGAAGUUGCAACCAUCAGCUGCCAGGUCAACAAGAGUGACGACUCUGUUAUCCAACUACUGAAUCCCAACAGACAGACCAUUUAUUUCAGGGACUUCCGGCCUUUGAAGGACAGCAGGUUCCAGCUGCUGAAUUUUUCAAGCAGUGAACUCAAAGUGUCGUUGACAAAUGUCUCAAUUUCUGACGAAGGAAGAUAUUUUUGCCAGCUCUACACUGACCCCCCUCAGGAAAGUUACACCACGAUCACAGUCCUGGUCCCACCACGUAAUCUGAUGAUCGAUAUCCAGAAAGACACUGCGGUGGAAGGUGAGGAGAUUGAAGUCAACUGCACUGCCAUGGCCAGCAAACCAGCCACGACCAUCAGGUGGUUCAAAGGGAACAAGGAGCUCAAAGGCAAAUCGGAGGUGGAGGAGUGGUCAGACAUGUACACCGUGACUAGUCAGCUGAUGCUGAAGGUGCACAAGGAGGAUGACGGGGUCCCGGUGAUCUGUCAGGUGGAGCACCCUGCCGUCACUGGAAACUUGCAGACCCAGCGGUAUCUAGAAGUACAGUAUAAGCCUCAAGUGCAUAUUCAGAUGACUUAUCCUCUACAAGGCCUAACCCGGGAAGGGGACGCGCUUGAGUUAACAUGUGAAGCCAUCGGGAAGCCCCAGCCUGUGAUGGUAACUUGGGUGAGAGUCGAUGAUGAAAUGCCUCAACACGCCGUACUGUCGGGGCCCAACCUGUUCAUCAAUAACCUAAACAAAACAGAUAAUGGUACAUACCGCUGUGAGGCUUCCAACAUAGUGGGGAAAGCUCAUUCGGAUUAUAUGCUGUAUGUAUACGAUCCCCCCACAACUAUCCCUCCUCUCACAACAACCACCACCACCACCACCACCACCACCACCACCACCAUCCUUACCAUCAUCGCAGACACCACGGCGACGACAGAACCAGCAGUCCACGGCCUUACUCAGUUGCCCAAUUCCGCAGAAGAACUGGACAGUGAGGACCUCUCAGAUUCUCGAGCAGGUGAAGAAGGCGCGAUCAGGGCAGUGGAUCACGCCGUGAUUGGCGGCGUCGUGGCCGUGGUGGUGUUUGCCAUGCUGUGUUUGCUCAUCAUCCUGGGGCGCUAUUUUGCCAGACAUAAAGCACCCACAAGUCUCUGGCUACAGCGGCCUCUGUCUCACCACUCAUCUCCAGCAGCCGUGAGAUCUGACCAGAAGCAGCGCCUACAGAAGUGGAAAGGAAGGGAUGCUGCAGAGAGGAGAAGAAGAACUCCCGGGACAGCCAGCCACUGAGAGCUGAGACUAGGUCCACCAGCCGGGCUCCAGAGACAGAGGUGGCCAUGUUGAAGGUCACCGCUACCGUACUAGCACAAAGGUGGGGUCCUUCCCUGUGUGGCAUCCCCACGUGGCCAUCAGAAAUGCCAAGAAGUGGUGUAGGUAGUUCCUCUGAGUUUCAGCCAGCCAGCCCCAUCACCAUGCUGCCUCCCAGACCCAGCCCUUAGUCAGGAACCUCUGGGAAGGAAACACCCUCCCCUUGGCAGGUCAAGAGGGAGUAGCUUCUCGGACACAAGUGUUUGGAAGGCUGCAAGGAGGAAACGGCAAGCAGUGCAUCACAAGUUUGCAGCUUUCAGACUGUUCCUGCAAAUGCAUGUCAAAAGCCAUGCGUUUCUUCGCCCCAGAGUGCCUCCCCAGUCGUGCCAGAGGCCACCACCAGCCAGAUCUCCCUCACCCUCUUACCCAAGGUGCAACCACAAACACCCCCAGCCAAGUUGCUACCACUCCCCCACUGUUUUCAUUCUCAGCUUCUCCUAAAUGGAAACCAUUAAUCAUACUAAACUGUGCAAUGAUUCCGUGAUAAGGAGAACGCUGACGGCAAAAAUCAUUCUCCUUUGUUGUUCCAGGCAGGCAAAAGGCAGAAGUAUUAGCUCGUUGCCCUGCCUGGCUCCUUGCAAAUGCUGACCGUGUGUUUGCCCACGCAGCUGCCUCUAUGCACACAGCUUAUUUUAGCACCAGUCUAAGGCAUCCGACUGUUGACAGAAUACGAGGCGCCCAGCCACCUCUUCCUUAUUCCGAGGACCGCCAGUAAACUUGUAACUGUGGGCGCUCCCUGAACUCUUUCCCAUCUCAAGGGCCCCAGAGCUGGGGGAGAAAUGCUGUGGGACCCGGGGGGGAGAUGCUGUGGGACUCGUGGAAGACCCGAGGGGGCCUCAGGGUGAGCUUGUGGGGUAAGCUACGCCACCAACCACACAUUUUUGCCAGCUGCAUUUUGGGAAGAAGCCAGGUGUGGGUACCAAGGAGGUUUUUGGCCUUUCAGAAUUUGAUGUCUGCUUUGCUUUCAACCAGCCUCUUUGUAAGCCACCCCUUCUGAAUUAGAAUCAUUUUCCAAAAGCUCUUAAGCUAUGAUUAAUGCCAGGGUUGUUUUUAACAAUCAUCCUGCCAGUCUUAAGCUGUAGUCAUUUUCAGUAAUUUGGAGCGCUCAGAGGCAAGCCAGGAGUUUGUUGACAACAAAACCCACAAGAACACAGCCAGGCAGCCACAAAAGAUGGAAAAGCCAAGGGACCAUUUGGGCUUAGCUGGCUUUCUGCUCCCAGAGUUUCACCACUAAAAGUUUGAUUGAAUGCUCACAAUGCAUUAAAGAUCCCACUGUGAACAUGGCUUGGUGAGAGGGCUGCUAGCCUAGCUUUUGUGUGAACAAACGAGCGUGUUUGGAGGGCUCCUGGUUUAUCUAUGGACGCGUGUGGUUCAUUCACGCCGUCCCCCAACCAGAGAACCCUCAUUUGUCUUCCCUUUGCCAACAUCAAAAACCGGGAAAGAAAAGUGGUUGCUUUGCUCUGGGGCUGUUUUCUUCCUAUGAAUGCUGAGUAAGUCCUGAGCCAGGAUUUAGGAACCCAGCUCCAUGGAUGGCCCCGGCCACUUCCCCAGCCAUGUGUAUUAAGCUAGUGUUCUCUUUUUAAUCUUGGUAGUUUCAUGCUAGAGUGUCCAUCUGUUUGAAAGCCCAAACUGAAGCUGUGGCUUGAAACGUCCGUGAUCACAGGUUUCCUUAGACUCGGCUUCAGAUGGUACUUAUUUCUAGCUCAUUACUUCCUCCAGUAGGAAAGGGUCAGCUCUGGGUGAUGGAGUUUAACCCAGUGAAUUUGGUAUGAUUGAUAGAUGUCUGUGUCUCAAUCCAGCACUAGCUGUUACAUAGGUUCUGUUGCUAGCCAAGAAAGGAUACAGAUUUCUGUGUGUAGCUCGGAGCUUUCAUGAGCUAACUUCCAAUAAACUCCCUUCACCCAUGAAUCACAACUGGAGCCCCAGUCCAGCAUCCAACAUAGCCUUAGAGGCACCUGUCAUGUUCCCUCUCGGUCCCUACUGAUUUCAAGCCCCUUUCUUCUUGAAGCCAAAUGGACAGAUUUCUAGGGUUUGGUCUCUGGGUCAUGCUUCUGUUUUGGCCAAAGAGAAACACAUAGUCUACCAGUGACUCUCCACAUCCCUGCUCUCCCCACCUCUUAAAGAGUUUUGCUGGUUUUUCCUGGCUGCUUUUCAAGGGCCCCGUUGGGACAUAGCACCUGCCUUAGGAUCACGAGGCUUUGGGGAAAUGAAAAGUGCCCCCCAAACCUUCUUCUCCUCUCAUAUCCCCUUUCUCAAUGAAUAACCAUCGUCAUUCAGAUGAACCAGAAACCUGAGAGUCAUUCUUGAUUCCUCCCUCACCCUCAUCUCCCACUUCCAUCUGGUUCCUGAACCCUGCCUGCUGCCCCCUAAACACUUCUCCAAGGUGACCCAGCCUCAUCAUUUCCACGUCAUGUGCCUGGUCCAGGCCCUUUACCUUCAACGGCAGGAAUGCAAUGGCCUCUUCUCUGGUUCCCCAGUGCCUCGGCCCCUAGCUCCAUCAUCAGCCCUAACUGGAGUGAAUGGGGUCCCUCCCCUGCUUGGAACCCAUUCUUGGUUAACCUUAGACUGCAGAAUACAGUAAGUCCCCUACGUAUGAACCUUCAAGUGGCGAACUUUCAAAGAUGUGAAAGUGCAUUUGCCUGUCCAAUCAUGUAAGUUAGUUCACGUGUCUGGCGUACCUUGUCACAUGUAUGCAUCCUCUACAAGUGGUUGUGCUUUUAUGGACUUGACCGUACUGUAUAGAAUGCAGUAGUGCAGUAUCUUUAUUUCAAGCCCAGGAUGUCCAGAAGCAAGUGUAAAAGCAGUGGUGACGUAGCUGGUGCUACUGUACUGUAAGAUUAAAAAUGUCUUCUUUAUUUUUUGUGUUUGUUUGUUUUUUUAUGUAUUAUUUGUGUGAAAAGUAUUAUAAACCUAUUACAGUACGGUACUAUAUAGACGAUUAUGUUAGUUGGCUACCUAGGCUAACUUUGUUGGACUUAUGAACAAAUUGGACUUAGAAAUGCGCUCUCAGAACGUAACUGGUUCGUAUGUAGGGGACUUACUGUAAAUCCAAAUGCUCACGAUCUGCUAUCAAUUUAGUCUGGCCUUUCAGUCCCACCCUGUGACCCUCCACCUCCACUCACACCCCCUGCCCCCCGACCCCUACCUGACUUCCCCUCAAGUUCCAUUUCAUCACUGGUCACACCUCUGUGCCUUGGAACAUUCCGGGAGCAUCUCCUCCCUUAGGUUACUGCUCUGUGCUUUCCCAACCUCUCAUGCCUACUGCAAUUCAUGUCCUUAUCACAUACCUGAACUGCUUGUUUACCUUUCUGUCUCCCUCAAUAAAACAGUAAAUUCCUUGAGAAUAGAGACUGUGUCUCAUCCAGCUCUGUAUCUGGAGCUGGAAGCCAAGCACAGUAUCUGGCCCUGUGCUCAAUAAAUUAUUGAAUAAUCAGAGAGAGUUUUUCUUCAUCUGUGGUUGGAUUGGUCUUUCAUCUGUUCAUCUUUUUCCCUAGAAAUAUCCUGGUAAGGCCUGCUUUCUUUCUUCUUUCUAACCAGCAAUUCUAUCGUUUCGAGAACUCCCUCUGUCUGCUUUGUACAUGUUUGUCUCAGUGUGGUUUUGAUUUUGUUUCUUGCUGUCCUAGUCAACAUUCUUUCUUUCUCAUCUCUCCCUUCUUCUAGCCCUCUGGCCUGUUUUAAGGUCAAUAUGUAUAGUGUCUAUGUCUUAUAAACAUUUCAAGAGCCUGGAAAGAAAAAAUAUGAGCUCCAAAAGACAGAGAAGGGAAGUGUAAAAUCAAAAUUAUUAAAUGCUUAAAUAUCUACAAAACCAUACCAUUGUCAACCAGCAAACUGCAACCAAACUGAACUGGUAAAUAAUCAGGAAUAAACUGUAUUCAGUGUGGGAUUGUAACGUAUUUGAUACAUUGUGGGCACAGCUUCCUUACAAAGAGGUCCUGGGGCCCGCAAAGGUUUAAAACAAGCCCACCUCUCUCUGUUUUCCUUUUUCCUUUCUUUCCUUUUCCUCUCUCUUCGUUUCUUUUUUCUUUUCCUCCUCUCUUUCACCCUUUCUCAUGCUCUUUCUCCUCUCCUUCUCUGAAUCUCUCACCCCAACCCUGGGCACAUAGACCAGGUUCUGGAGAGAACCAACCCAGAGAAAGGCCCAGACCUGCCAGGUGGGCUGAGCACAGCUGUGGUGUGAGCCAUCAAGCCCUCCUGGAAGGCUGACACUUUGAAGAAUCUGAUGAGCGUACUCAGAAGCUCAGGAUGGAAGCCAGGCUGACCCAAAUAAGCGUAGAACCCUAUACGUUUUCACUAGCAACUACUUUUCCUGGUUUCAGCAACUGCAGUCUGUGAAGACAUCUGACCUGCACACCCAGCUUCCAUUCUGUAGAGCAAAUUGUCAGCGUGGACAUGUUGGGCUUUGGGCAGGUGACCUCUCUGCCCUGCUGUUAUCUCCUGACUUUGGGGGUUUGUUUUGGUGUGUGUGGGAGGGGGUGGGCUGGUGGUGCUGAGCUCCCACUCUAGGAACCAGUAUUCAUGAGUACUGUUUCCAGCUGUGCCUCUGAUUCAGCCCGUGACCUUGGGCAAAUCGCCUCCUCUGUGGGCCCCGCUCUCCAGCUAUAAAGAGCCUCCACCCCAACGUGUUUCCAGUUACUUGUUUGUGAAGUACUUUGACAUCUAAGGUCCAAAGCACGGUAAAGUACUGCUGUUGUUAUAGUGCGUUUAAAACCCCAAAUAAAAUGUGUUGUCAGCUCUUGAGUUGAAAAUUAAAAAGGUGUAUAAUUGACAACUAAUUCUGCUGUCGCUUUAUGGUACCCUUGCCAUGCUGAAAUCAUCCCGGUUAUGCCAUUCUUCUUUAAAAAUAAAUAAAGGCUCCUUUGUGAAGAAUGGAUGUCAUUUAGUAAAUAAUUUUGACUUGUGUAAUGACUUCUGUGACUUUUCUUAACAACUGGGCUUAGCCGAAGAAAACCUCACGCCCGCCACCGUCCUCUGUCCCUGGCGCUCCAUAACGUAAUUGUGUAAUUAAGAACAUCACGUUUCUCUAUAUUUUAAGUUGGGAGUCUGACUUUGACUCCCCGCUUGCUGGAGUGGGUGAGCCAGCCGGUUAUUAAAAAAACAAUUAUGCUGUUAAAAAAUCAGGAGCUCCACCAGUGAAGAGCAUCGAUUGAAGAGAGCUGGUCAGUUAUCACCAGAAGGUCCUGACAACACACUAAUAGGUUUUUCUGAAGAUCCAAUCAAAUUUUCUAGGCAGAGGCUUGAGGUGUUCCGCGUGGGGUAAUGCUUGUCCUGG